AUGGAGGAUGCAGAACUCCCACUCCUCCUGAACAUCGAAAAUGACAUCUUGACAAGAUCUGCCAAUGAUGCUGAAAAGCCCACAAAAGAAUCGUCUGAUGACAGAGGUAUCUUAGACAUUUGCACAACCUGCAUUCCCUCUCUGCCAUCACCACGUGAGAGUUGUUGUAGUUCCAAGAGCAGUCUGAAAUCAGCACUACUAGUGUUACUGGUGAUUCAAGCAUCUUCCGCCAUUCUUGUUGGCCGCUACACUCGAUCCGCAGUUCCAGAAGAAGAGCUUUUUGAGAUUAGUCAUUUGGUUCUUGUAAUUGAAUGUUUCAAACUCCUCCUUUCAAUGUUUGCAGAAUACAUUGCCACCAAAGGAAGACUGUGGGAGUCAGUACAAGAGCACAUCUGGAGGCAACCACAGGAGUCUUGCAAAGUUUUGGUUCCGGCAAUACUCUAUGUGAUACAAAACUCAUUGGUAUACAUAGCCCUGAGCAACUUAUCAGCUCCUGUCUUUAUAUCACUUCAACAAGGGAAGCUCGUUGCAACAGCUGUUGUUUCAGUGGCCAUGUUGCAUCGAAAAUACUCGGUGAAGCAAUGGUGUUGCUUGGUUGUGCUGGCAGUCGGAGUGGCUAUUGUUGCAAUUGAUGAGAAGACUGAAGCAGAAGGAUCAUCUAUCGAUGCUGAUGAAAUGGGUAUGGAGUCUGAACAAAUGGAAUUCUUCUUGGUCGGUGUUUUGGCUGUAACUGGAGCAUGUUUAACAAGUGCCUUUGCAGGGGUAUACUUUGAAAAGGUCUUGGCCCCAGAAAAGGCUGCUUCCAACAAAACCGCCGUAAUGAAUGAGAAGAAUAGUAUGUUGAAAUCUGUGGACACAGGCAAGCCCACACACGAUGAUACAAGGCCCUCAGCAGUGGCGGCCCAGAGUCUUUGGAUCAGAAACAUGCAACUGGCUUUGUUCAGCAUAUUAUUUUGCGUGCUCCGUGAGAUCUGGGGUACGGUCAAUGUGGUUGCAGUAAUCAACAUUGAAGAUGACGACAGAAUCAGCGCAUCAGAUUCCAUUGACUAUGACCAGCCGUACUUCCAUGGUUUUACCUUUUGGGUUUGGGUACUUGUGUUGUUGCAGGCAGGAGGAGGGCUGCUGGUUUCGUCAGUUAUGAAGUACGCAGAUAAUGUCAUGAAAGGCCUGGCUAUGGGCGUUGGUGUGGUUGUUGCAUCAGUGAUGUCAACUUUAUUGUUCCAAGUGCACCUCUCGCAGCAGUUUUCUUUUGGUGCUUUCAUCAUUUGCAGUUCUGUUUACCUGUUUUCCAAUGAUCCUCCAUGCAUGCGCAGCAAAUACCGAUGA